CUACCACUUCAAAUUUCAAAAAAAAACAUUUCCUAUAUAACCAUUUCACAUGCUCAAGAAAAUUGUAACCAUUUUAUGUUUCGUAGCAUGUUUACAGAUUCAAGAAUGCAUAUCUACAUACCCAUCGAAUCUCCUCAGGCCCCCACACAUGUUGAUGACGCAUAAUUAGAAGAGUUUGAACGGCUGGGAUUGAAUCUAUUUCUCCACUAUAGCUUAAUCGUUCGCCACGUAACCGAUAUAAUCAUUUUCUUAAUACUUAACUGCUACGGAAAAUUACAGUACAUAGAGCGAGGACGACGAGAGACUAAUAGCAGAGGAGGAAGAAGAUGAAUACGCCUCCGGAGAUCGAAGUUUGUUCGAUAUGCCAUGGCCAUUUCAUUGCUCCUUGCCAAGCUAAUUGCUCCCACUGGUUCUGCGGAAAUUGCAUUAUGCUUGUUUGGAAGCAUGGAUCUACAUUACGGCCAUGCAAAUGUCCCUUGUGUCGUCGUCCAAUUAGUUUGCUGGUUCCUUCUGAGGAAACAUUGAGAGGCCGGAAUGACACUGCGGUUUCUGAGGUUCUUCGCGAUGUUGAAACUUACAACCGAGUCUUUGGUGGUCAGUCAAGUGGUCUAGUUCAGAGGAUGCAAGACCUUCCCUUCUUACUCCGAAGGUUGUUGCGGGAGAUGAUGGAUCCACGAAGAACGCUUCCACUGGUCAUCAGAGCUCGUGUUUAUAUUGCGUUGAUACUCAGUGCAAUUUACAUAAUCAGCCCAAUAGAUAUCAUUCCGGAAGGAUUCUUGGGGGUUAUCGGAUUACUAGAUGAUCUUCUCAUAGCCCUGAUUUGUUUCCUCCAUGUUGCUGCUCUCUACCGAUCCGUUCUCCAUCUCCGUCAUGGAGGUUCUGGCUCAUGAACCUCUCUGAAGUUUUCAAAUCAUUACGCCACUACAGUUGAAGAACUAAGUGACAUGGUUUACUUGUUUGGCCAUUUCGUCUUGUGUUCAUGGUUUGACUGGUAGGAGACUUGGGAUAAAACAAAAACAUUUCUUUCAUUACAGUAGAAGGUAUUGAAUUGGUUGAGUAACAAAAGAAAUCGGUAAAGAAUAUGUACAUAUUUU